GGCCGCGGCAGCCGUCGUGCCCCUGCGUGGGGCGCAGGCCAAGAGCCGCGGCGGGACCAUGACCCAGAGCCGGGAACCGCGUCCCGCCGCGCCGGUAGACAAGGAGCUGGAGGCGCUGGGGUGGUAUCAUGAUAAUCUUACCCGGCAUGCAGCAGAAGCACUGCUGCUUUCCAACGGGCAGGAUGGAAGCUAUCUCUUGAGGAAGAGUAAUGAAAGGGAAGAUCUGUACUCCCUCUCUGUAAGGGGAAAAGAUUCUGUCAAACACUUCCUUGUUGAACAUACAGGAACUUCGUUCAAAUUUGGAUUUAAUGAAUUUUCUAGCUUGAAGGAAUUAGUCAUGCAUUUUGCAAAUCAGCCUUUAAUUGGAAGCGAAACAGGAACCUUAAUUGUAUUGAAGCAUCCCUACCCACGGGAAGUAGAAGAACCUUCCAUUUAUGAGUCUGUCCGAGUUCACACAGCCAUGCAGACAGGAAGGACAGAAAGUGACCUUGUUCCAAAUGCUCCUUCACUUGGUACAAAAGAAGGAUAUUUGAUAAAACAAGGCAAAAUAGUCAAGAAUUGGAAGACAAGGUGGUUUACACUGCAUAGGAAUGAACUUAAGUAUUUCAAAGACCAGACAGCCACAGAACCGAUUCGGGCACUUGACUUAACUGAAUGCUCAGCUGUGCAAUUUGACUAUUCCCAGGAAAGAGUCAAUUGUUUCUGUUUAGUGUUCCCGCUAAGGACAUACUACCUGUGUGCAAAAACCGGAGUAGAAGCUGACGAGUGGAUUAAAAUACUGCGAUGGAAACUGUCACAGAUACGGAAGCAACUGGAGCAGCGUAACGCCACCCUCAGCUCUUAGCUGCACCUCUCCUGCUUCCUUCCAUUGGCAGGAACUGCCUCCUGGGCAAGGAAAGGCAUUGCUUACAAGAGGACAGUUUCACAUCUCCAUUACUCAUGGUGGGCACACAUGUGUCUGUGUACUCACAUGGGGAUACUUGCAUCCAGCUCUGUGCACAGCAGACUCCUACAGCUGAGUGCUCUCAGGCCAUUGAGUCACAUGUGGAGACAGCGGCAAAAUCAGUGCAUUGGUUUGAUGUGCAUGGUGUGUGCCUGUAACACUCUUAAACAGCUCUUCACUAAUCACAGAGGUAGUCACUGUUGAAAACCUCUGUGGUUAUUCAGAGCACUCUUGGUAAUUUGUUGCAAGCACCAUAACAACUUUCCAUUAGCAGCACAUUCUGUAACCUUGAGCCAGUUAUUUAAAACCAAUCCUUUCUGGAAACAUUAAUUACUUCUUUAGCAGGAUCUGCUCAGGCUCUAAACCAAAAGAAAAAUGACAGAGGUAGUUCCAUUGUUGUAAAUAGUAUCUAUAUUACAAUCCAGAGAAUAUUUCAAGGUGAUGGAUGAGUAAACACUUAGUUCUGGUCAAAUCUCUUUUUGAGUUACAUUUGUACCCCAGUGAUGGCUACAAGGUACUAUUUGUUUCAGACAGCAUCAUCCACAGGUAACAGUAGGCAGCAGCACGCAAACACACUUCCAAACUGGGGUUAUGAGGAACAGGCACACUUAAAGCAGCUGCUGUGGGACCCUAAAGAUGGUGACAGGGCUCUGCAGAAGGCUUUGCCUGUGGCAUCUGCCAGCGCUGUGAGUAGCAUCAUGAGUUGGGCCCCCAACAGCCCUCCUUGGGAAUGGGCUGGAUUUUAUAUGUUUUCCUCAGGCAGAGAACUCAAAAUGAGGUUCUUUGCAGAAUUACAGUUCUGCACUUAGUUCAGAACGGCAGCUUAGCUCAGAACUAAGCGCUGCUUUGUAUUAAACAAAAAGCACCACAUAUACUAAAAAUAGAAAUUUAGAAGAAUCAAUCUUCUGUAAUAAACUGAUGUAAAUUCCUAUCUACAUUUUGAAAGACUCACAUGAAUUCAAUAGUUGCGGCUGCCUAGAGUCAGGAAGUGGAAGCCUCAUUCUAUGGUGCUGUAGUCAAAAUAGCUGUUACAUUGUGAAAGCAAAGUUCGACAUGCUGGAGGGUCCCAAGAGCAGCUUGGCCUGACCUCAGAACUGACCCAGCAGCAAGAUGAGACCCCCUGGACAAUCCUGCUCCCCCUGGAGGGCUGGGGAAGGAGGGGCCCAUGUACCUGUGCAAUAGUCAAGUAUCUGCUGGAACAGCAUAUGCAAACCUCUCCUAUCCAUGCAAAUGCUGUGGGCACAGGGCUUGGUAUUGCUCACGCAGCAGGUCAGUGUUCAACAGAUGCCUCUAAUGUGAGAAGGCUGAAGAGGGGAAAAACAGACUGGAAGAAGAAAGAAAGUACCAAUUUGGAGAUAGAAAUAGCAUUUUAUUUCAACUUAGAAAUGAAAAAUAUUUGUGAAUAUUUUUAUACAGACUGUUUUCUGAAUAA